AUGUCAAAUACCAGAGAACCUCCGUGCUUCCCGCUCUUCUGCACAACUGGCAAGUCUUUCAGUCUCACGAAAGGAUUGCUUCAAGCCGCUGCGAAGGACAAGGAAAAUGGCCGCUCCGACCGUAAAUGGGCAUACAUCACGUCACUCAGUCCACAGAAAUCAGAAAGUCCACCACUGGAAAGCUUUAAGUCUGAAUUUUUCCAAGCUGAGAUCCGACACCUAGGAUUCUUCUGCAGAACGCGAUUUGGACAGAAUCCGGAUCUUGGCCUUAGUGGUGAAUUCUUUGGAGUGAUUGAUGUACGGAGCGCGAAGGAUCGGACUAUGCUUCUGGCACGCUGGGAAGAGUACACUGCCGCUGACGACGCAAUUCUUCGCUUUGUAUGGGGCGACACAACUGCCCAAGAUGAAGAGCUCUUCCUUCGUCAUCUUAGCGACCCAAGCAAUCGUCCCAAGUACAAGGAGAUUACAGAGAAAUGGAUAACAACUGUUCCCGACCCCUUCCAGGCAGCCUCAGUAAUGCAAACCCUGAAAGACGAAACUCAGCCUGUUCAGAGGGCAAGAAGGCUACGCAGUCGCGCCGAUUCUGCGAAUAGUGCGACGGUAGACAGGAGUGACAAGCUGCAGAGAAUACUGGGUAUUGGCGAAACAGAGGUUUGCCAAGGAUGGAGAACAAUGAGAGUCCCAAUCGCUACAGUGAUGAAGGAUAUUGAGCUUGUGCUGGAAAGAUCAAUAACAGAUCUGCUAAAGCACCGUAGGUUGUUUGACAAGUAUGGUGUUUUGCGACGUUAA